UAGCAGCACCAACAGUAGCUGUGCCCACAGCAGCAACAGGAUAUGAUCUGAGACACGCACCUCCGAAAGAAGAAGUGCCAGGGGUCGUGGUCACUCGUUCACAGAAGCAUGCCCUCAACGCUGUGCCAAAGGCACUGGAGGACAUUUCUUCCCCCCCCCCCCCCAUGUCCACCUCCUCUCCCUGCUCCCCAAACAACACUUUAUUUAUACACAAAAGAAGCCUUCAACAACUGGAGAGGCAGAGGAAGGAGAGGAAACAAGGGACGUGGAAGAUGUAACUUUAACAGCACACAACAUACAUCCUCAAAUGUAUGUUUCAACUGCGAAAAAGAUGGACACUGGGCAAGAGACUGUCGCCUACCGGACAAACGUCAGAAGAACAAUCAUGAUGGCAAUGAUGGUCGAGACAGCAGGAACCAAUACCAUGGUUCAGACUGACUUCAAGAAGGAGGGGAGGGAUGUGCACGUGGGGAGGAGACGACCUCCGCUCCGCCAACUCAUCAUGAUAAGGGAAGUAAAACACACACACACACACACUGCCGCCUGCAAUGAAGAAACGCUUCCUGCACUAACCUCACACAUACACACACACACACACACACACACACACACACACACAGGAGCAACAACAAGCUCUCAUUGACAUCAUAAAACAUUUAGAGAAACAACAAAAGCCUUUUCUUACACACACUUAUGCAAAAUUGUUAGAAGGUUCUUUUAAAGAUAUGCCCACUGCUAUGGUUGAAAUACAAGGGAAACAAUUAUCUUUUUUAGUUGAUUCAGGAGCAACACACUCUGUGAUACAACAAAAGCAUUUUCCUAAUCAAAAGUUGAGUGGCAGACAUGUUUAUUCUCAAGGGGCUUCAGGGUUAACAGUUGUUGAAAACUUCACCACACCUAUGACGAGUACACACACUGACUCAACUGACGCUGAACCUGACAUAACGACGAAACAUUCAUUUCUGUUGUCCUCUCUCUGUCCCAUUAAUCUAAUGGGCAGAGAUCUCAUGUGUUCUUUUGGCAUCAGCCUUAUCUCUACUCCUACAGGAUUGCGGGUAGUAAGACAAAGAAUAGUCACUCAGAUGGUGAAAUCAACCCUUUGUGAUCCUCUGUUCGUGUACCAGUGGUGGUUCCCUGUUGAUGCGCUAACACACCUGUCUCGUCUGACUGCAGAACGCGUCCAGGCUGGAGCACAGUGCAUGGCCUCUUCACAUCUCCAUUGUACAGCACAUGUGUCACAUGAGCCAGAUAAAUCAUAUGAACAGUUGUUUCUGCAGGAUUUAAAUGAUUAUAUUCAGUGUUCUACACUGUUUUGGUCUACAUUUAAAUCUGCUGUUUCUGUUUCUCUCACCUCCUCACAGCAGCCCCUCUUCCAGGUGCCUGGUUCCUUCCCACACAUCUCCUUGUCCAAAGCCACGAUGGACCAGUGGAGAGACUUGGGUCCUUUUGUCGCCACGUGUGAGACACUGACAGAUUCGCAGUCUACAGCUGACUCAACCAUCAUGCGAUCUCAUUCGACAGGCUUCUUUAAACAACCAUUUGCAUUUUCCACACCUGCUCUAAGAUCUAUUUAUGUCAUGGAUGAAAAUAACACAUUACCUGACGCACACACUGACAUGUUUGUGACUGAUGUCUCCUCUAUUUCCCCUGCCCUCAGCUCUGUUCCAGCAACAUUGUGGGCAUCGCAUAAAUAUGACGUGGGACUCAUCAAAAACUGCCAACCUAUGGUCAUCAGACCUCGCUCAGACUUCCGUCCACAUAAACAUCAAUACCCACUGCGCCAAGAGGCCAUUGACGGUAUUACACCAAUGUUCAACUCCCUCUUACAGGCCGGGGUCAUUGUUCCAUGUCCUGACUCUCCGACUCAGCUGUUCUCUGUUCCGGACCUCUCCCGUGUCACCUCUCAACCCAAGCAGCAGAGCUAA